AUGGCCCCCGGAGUCUCCAACCCUGCAGCCAUGGUGGCAUGCACUCCAUGUCGCGGCGUCAAGAUGAAAUGUAUCCGGGAGCCGGACUCGACCGUGUGCAGCCGCUGUAAACGGAAGUCAAUCCCAUGCUUCUUUGAAGCUCAUCGCCGCGGCCGUAAGGCUGGCACAAGGCUGCGACCAAGGGCGAAACAGAAUCAGAGAAAAAAUUCGAAAGAUGCCCUGGAACCGAAUCAUCCUCCCCCAUCCGCUCCACCAACUGAAAAAUAUGUAGCGGUGGAUGGCGCGUCAAUUGAGCGUUCAAGGCCUUCUAUGGCAUCCGAUAGUCUUUCUCCAUAUGGCUUGCUCCCAAGAUCCGCAACCUCUGGGAAAUUCUCUAUCGCGAACGUGCUCAAUGCCGAAGACGAACCUCCCACACCCCAUGCUACAGAGCGUAGAACGAACAGCCCAACAAGCGGUAGCUGCGCGAAUGACAUGAACGAUCCAGUAAUUCGGAAUCUUGUUGAUCUUCAAACAACCCAAAAAUUGUUUGAUAACUUUUUCACAUACAUGAACCCUUUCAUUUGCCAGUUUGAUCCCAAGUUACACACAUUGAAAUACAUCAGAGAGCGCUCAUCCUUCUUGUUUUCCGCCGUGCUUUCAGCUGCGGCAAAGAUUUUCAUGCCACCUCUGUACAUGAAGCUUCGCGACCAUGUGGAGACCAUGCUUAAAGAAAUUUUGAUCACUGGACAGAUGUCAACAGAAAUUGUCCAGGGGAUUUGUCUUUUAACUUAUUGGAAAGAACCAAGUGACUCGCGGACAUGGCUCCUCGUGGGCUAUGCGAUACGAGCAUCUAUAGACAUGGGCUGGCACAAGCUCCACUCGCCAUGUCGAGAUGGUUCUGCAAAUUCCGCGAGAGAAUCCGUGCAAACGGAGCUUGAUAUUCGGGAACUGCGAAGCAAAGAACGAACCUGGCUCAUGUUAUUUGUGUACGACAGAAGUGUAAGCCUUCAAAUGGGGAAACCGUGGAUGAUCCAAAUGGACCCCCUGAUUCGAAACGCGGGAAAUUGGCACCAACAUAUCUAUGCGGUGCCAGGCUGCGAUCAAAUCAUGUCUGCUUUCGUACAGCUCCGUAUCCUUGGAUCUGACAUUGUGGAGCUCUUUGGAAUCGAUCCUGUCACCGCAACGGCAGAGUCAGUUACCAAAGGUGAAGUUAUAUUGAAACUAUUCAAUGGAGAUUUGGAUAGAUGGGAGGCUAAAUGGUACAAAAUCGUAGAAGACGUUAGCACCAAUGUCGCUCAUCGUUUUAUUAUCCGGUUUUACGGGACACAUUUACGACUUCUUCUGCAUUCCUUCGGUCUCCAGCUCUCAAUCCUGAGUGGAAAUAUUUCCAAACAGGCACUCUGGGUUUGCUACACUAGCUCUCUAGAGAUGCUCCGCUUAGUCGUUGACCGACUAGGUGUAACCUCCCAUUCGUCUUACUGUCAAGACUCUGUUCAUGUAAUGGUUGCUUAUGCCGCUGUUGUUAUGAUUAAGAUUCUACUCUCUCUACCUGGAGAAUUGCCUUCUGAAUCCGAAAACAUGAUCCUGGAUCUCAUCAGUGAAACGAGUCGACACUUCAGCACGCAACAAGCCACAAACACCAGUUCUUAUCAUCAGAGCAGAUUCCUGGAAAAUAUCGUGGUGCAGUACCGGAAGGCGAAAGAAGAAAUAUGCUCCUCCGCGAACCAAUGGCUUAGACAGCAACAGAAGAUGCUUGAGAAGUCCGAGAAAGGAGGAGUUCGUCUACCUUUCCUACCUCAGCCGCUUCGGAAAGGUUCCAGUUCUCUACAGUUGAAUUCUUCACGCCCAAUGAUCACGUCAGUGCCUCCAUCCACAGUUUCCGAAAAUGUCCAGGUAUAUCCACGGCACUUGCAAGAACUCAACCAGAGCUCCUUCAACCAAAAUGAUGUUCAACCCUCCCGACUCCAAACCCGUCAAGCACGUACUUUACAUCCUCAACCUGGCUCUCUUAUCUGCCAGACGACCAAUGCUAUCACUCCCAAGCCCGCAAAUAACAACGUCUUUAAAACUCUGGCACAGAAUAAGCUGGACACUUUCAUAGCUGCGGAUGGUCAGAGUACUACUGUACCGCUCUUUACGGAUGAUAUUGUCUGGGAGGAUAUGUUUGCGCAUGCAGGGUUUAAUAUCAGUAGCGGGUCGUUUGUGCCGAAAUUGGCAGAGACAUGGGAGAUGGGCAGAUGA